AUGGCUCGCCAACUUCACCUGAAACAAAUACCACUAAGCACAUCACAAGCUGGCUUAGCUGCAACCACUCUUCUCUUGUGCGCCUUUGUCUUGUUUAUGUGUGCUUCGCAUUCCCGCAAAUGGCGUCGCUUAGGUUCUUGCUAUGGUUCCUCCAACCAUAAUCCUGUUAUAGAACUUAACACUGACAAUUUAAUACUUAGUACAGGAGUGUAUGGUGCUCGCAGUUGCAAUAAUGAUGAACUAUUGGUUAGUGGUGAACAGCAACAGCAAGGAGUUCCAGUUUGGCAGAAGAACAUACUCAUGGGCGGGAAGUGCCAGCUACCAGACUUUUCAGGUGUCAUCAUUUAUGACUCUGAUGGAAACAUUGUUAACCCUGCAAGAAACCCUCACCCUUUACUCACCUGGAAGUGAUUAAGAAUGCAGAGGGCCUUCAGAAACUGGAUAAAUGACAUACUUUCCCAGUGCUCGUAGUUGUUUCAGGUGUUCAUUUUAUCACAUAAUUGAACUCAAGUCUAGACAAUCCACCCUCAACAUAGAUGGCAACGUGGUGUUCGUUUUCUUUUUCUUUUUUACGAAAAAUUAAUUUCAAGCUAUGUAUUAUUUCUAAUGCAUUUUCAGCAUAUUACAAACUCAAAA